AUGGCAUACCCGGUGCCUUGUAUCGGACCGCGAUCCGCGCUUAACGGCGCGUUUCUGGCAGGAAGCGUUCAUGCCCAGUUCUACAUGUCGGCGGCGGAUCAUCCGCAGACGGACGGGCAAACCGACCGCGUGAACCGUGUGCUCGUGGACUUGCUAAGCUACGCCCAGUCGUUUUACAACUGGAGCGAUUAUUUGUCGAUGGCCUAG